AUCAAUUCACAGCAUGCAAUGCACACACGCGCCACACACGUACGUCCCAUGACGUAACAUGACAAAAUCUCAAAAUCCCACCCCCUGCCCCGUGCAAAUGAGCCCCAUCCACUCAUCUGAUCUCCAUCCAUCUCCAUCCUUGUCAUCUGGCUGUCUUGACCCUCUCCAGCAGCUCUAUCCACUGGUCCACCACAUCAGGCGUGCCGUACCAUCUGAACCCAGGAAUCUUAAUGCUCGGACCCAGAGAGGGCACGAACCCCGAGUGCUUGACGUCCUCCAGAACCAUCGUCGAAGAGCCGGGCAGGAGUGCAGUGGACUGCGGCACCACCCCAUCGCCCGUCGUGUCGCCCUCUCCACACAAAGCCAGGUAGCUGGCGUACGCCAGAAGCCCCUCCAGCCCUCCCUCACCCAGGCCGCCCUUGACAGACGCGCCAACCACAGAGUUGUAGUUAAUGUGGUCAGAGUGGAAGGCCCCUGGAUAGUUGUCGGCGAUGUAGGUGAGCAGGCCUCUUGUCUGAUCGAACUGCGCGAAAGGUGAGUCGGCCGGGGGCGGGUUGUGGGGCGUGCCGAGGGUCGUCAGAGAGGUGAAGAGAGACGCCCGCUCGUCGUCGUCGUACUCCUCUGCGAGGAAGGCGCGGACGAUCCAACCUGCCGACAGACAGACAGGCAGACAGACAAGCAGAUGGAGAGAGAUGGCUCAGUGAUUGCGCUACUUACCGCCGAUAGAGUGUCCCACAAGGUGCAUCCUCUGCUCUGGGUGGGCCUCCCGAACGCUCGUCACACUUCGACGCAGCGCACGGUAGUAAAACUGGAGAACCUGCCCGGCCAGAAAGACACAUCACACAUGCUCCAGUGUGGGCGCAUGACCAUCACCGGCGGCUGCACACUCACUCACCUUGCUGGGUUCCAGCUUGCCCUGCCAGUAAGCAAGAGUCAGGGACGAUGGGAUGAGCUCCAGCCAGUCGAGCCUCUUCAGAUCGACGGCAUAUGCGGGGUAGCCUCGCGCAUUCAGCUCAGAUAUCAUAUCGAGAUAGUCCUCUGAGAUGCCAAGCUGGGCGGGGCAUAUGAGCACAGGACUCUUCGGCUCCUCGGCAGCAGUGGCAAAAGCAGAGGGGCCGGAGAACGCACCUGAGAGGGCAAACAUCACACAGAUCCUCUUCUGCCCGACUGGUGGGUGAUUCAUGUGUGUGUGCGUGCGUGUGCGUGUGUGCGGCAGCUCACGUUGUAGCACAUCAAGAUGCAUUCGUGAAAGAUCCCUGGAGCGCCUGCAUCCAUCGCGCUGUCUGCAUGACGCCGAUGAAAGAAAGCCACCAUCCCGCCUUCUUGUCAGCUUCUCCCAGCUGGCUGAGGCCGCCGCGUCCAAGAGAAAUGACGCCGCGCAGAGGAACAAAGCAGCCACUCGCAUCUUCGGGUUGAAACGGCUUAACACAUCCAUACUUGGUGGUUCGAAAAGCCGUUCAGAUGUGUCACCUUUUAAGCUCGCAAUGACGAUCCCGCGCCGCUCGUUCGUUCGUUCGUUAACCUCACGGGGACCUUGCCCCCCGGCCCCCCGAAGGGAUACGCAAGAACGAGUCUGUGUGAUGCAGUCCUGUCCACCCACCCACCCACCCCUAUGGUCCACCACAAAAUGAAACCUGCAUAGGGAUGGGCACAAAAUGGCACUGGCACCGGCCGACAUGCAGAUGACAACAAAGGGCACAGGUGACGAACACUUCCCCUGGCUACAUACACAAGAACGAGCGAUAUCGCCCGACAGCAUGAAGCCCUGGCAAGUGUACAGAAGCCAGAGGAAGGAAGCGAAACAUGGAAGCCCACUGAGCCAUCAAACGCAAUUACCAACAAUCAGGUGAACACACCACCAUGUACACGCGAGACCCAUGUGCAAGGAAGGCAGGAAGACAACAGAAGGAGAGAAAGAAGGAUGACCAAACAGGCCAUAACACCCUACAACAUGCAGACCGACGAUGCCUAAGGUGCAUUCCUACCCUCCUACCUUGGUCGCUGUGGUGAGCUCGCUAGAAAGGCUCUGUCAGAAGCCCAAUCUGCUUAUACAUCCGCACACUCAGGUCAAUAGGCAGCUAACAGCC